UGAGGAUAUGCCUAUUUCUAAGAUCAAAGAAGACAAGGAUUUGACGGCUUAUGGACCGGAAGCUUUCGGAGAACAUCAGGGUCCACCGGGUGAAAGGGUAAGGGAAGAGCAGAGCGCACUAACAGCCUGGGAAGAUCUCAUUCGGGCACAGUUCUACAGCAACCUGAUGAUGAUUGGUCCGAGGAGUAGAAGGGAGUUACUAGAGGAAGUUAAGCAAGAUGAAAAAGAGACCAUCACUACUGCAAAACCAAAAGAAAAAGAUGAAGACGAUCUUGUCGAGAGAGAAAAGGUGGACAAGAAGACCACUGCAUCAACUAGUAGAAUUGGAG